AUUUCUUCUAUUUGUACCCAUGUAGCCACACAUAUGAACCAUACAGCAUCACUUUCAGGAUGUCCAGAAUUAUUUAUUGAUCUGUUGUUUAAUUUCUAAGUCGACUGCCUACAAGUACAGUGUGUUGUUGUUUUUUUGUUUUAUAUAAUAAGGACUUAUUUCCUCAGUAUAACCAGCCUGCCUUUCUCUCGGGGGGGAAAUCCCAACAGAUAGGAGCUGUUGAGGAGGGAGUGGUUCGCUCCCACAACAAAUUCAAAUUAUUCAGUAGUUGCACUUCCAUUCAGUUCGCUUUGGCUCCAGCCAGAUGUUCCAGCAGCUCCUCAACCUUGUCACCUGAGGAACCUGUCGACCAGGAAGUUGGUGUCUGGUGUGGGGCGUUUUGUGCUGCAGUUGUUCCUCAUUUCUGAUCUUGCGGUGAUCGGCAGAAAGGUGUGCGGCAGCGGACGGGUUUCAGUUGGAGCUGGAGAGUCAACAAAGCUCAAACAUGCUGGAUACAAGAGGGAACGAGGGCGGACGGAGCCAGGUUUUGUCAGCGGGCUUCCAGGAUUACAGCGGCUUUCUGAUGACUGAUCCCAAGCUGCCAGAUUACACCCAGGCCAUGUCCAAGAAGAACACCGUGAAGAACACCGUGAAAGAGCUGCUAAUGAUGAAACGGCAGGCGAUCGAGAGGCAACCGGAAUGGAACUGCUCACAGCACAACGACUUGGAGCCUAAAUUCAAACAGCCAAAAUUUGAACCUUUCGCCUGCGAUGUGAGCGCUCAUCUGUUCAACCCUCCAGCACCCCUCAACCCGAAUACCACCACCGACUUUCCUCCUGCAGCUCCUGAAACUGCCGAAAAGAGCCCCCAACAAGCGCAGUUUCCAAUACAGUAUCCAGCUCUGCAGGGACAAGUGGCUCCGGCUGAUGGAUUCAAAAUGACUUUGUUUCACUGGCAGAUUCAGCAACAAGCGCAGAGAGUUGGAGGACUUUCCGCUGAGCUGCUGAACACGCAGGAUGCGGAUGGCGACACAUUUCUUCACAUCGCAGUGGCACAAGGUAAACGGGCUCUUGCUUAUGUGCUCGCUGCAAAAAUGGCCGGAUGUGGCUCCCUGGACGUGAAAGAACACAACGGGCAGACAGCCCUCCAGAUCGCAGCUGCCAUCGAUCACCACCUAAUUGUCCAGGACCUGCUUUCACACGGAGCCCAGAUCAACACCAGAGACUUGUGGGGUCGAUCUCCGUUACACGUGUGUGCUGAAAAGGGCUACGUCGCAAGUCUUCAGAGCAUCUGGAGGACCUCAACAGUCAGCGGGCAGCCAGUUGAUGUUGAAAUGUUCAACUACGAUGGCUUCACUGCACUUCACGCAGCCAUCCUGUCCCACAACGCUGCCGUCAAAGAGACGAGGAAAGCGGAAGAUCCUUGUUCGUACGCGGAGGCGGAGCGAGUGCAGAGGAGGCAGAAGUUGGUGGACUGUAUUAAGAUUUUGCUGCUCAUGGGAGCCUCCUAUGGGACAAAGGAUCUAAAAAGUGGACGGACUGGUCUUCACAUGGCCUCCGAGGAGGGAAACGUGGAACUGUUGAACAUUUUCCUUGAUCAGGAAGCAUCGCUGUCGAUUGUGAAUGUGAAGACAUUCAGUGGAAACACAGCCCUACACAUCGUCAGUUCUCUGCAAAACUAUCCGACUCAAGCGGAAGCAGUGAAGUUACUGAUGAGGAAAGGGGCCGAUCCGGGGAUCAGGAACCUGGAGAACGAGCUGCCGUGUCAACUGGCGCCUGAAGGAGUCGUUGGUGAAAAGGUCCGGAAGAUCCUCAAAGGGAAACUCGUUUAUGCUUAAAGGAAACCUCAGAACACUGUCAGUUAGACAGUCAACUCUACAAAAACAUUUGCUCUAACAAGGCAGAUGAAGGUUGUUUCAGUGAAACAAGAUGUUCAUUACUAUGUAGUGCACUACUCUUAACCCCCAAUCAUCUUUAAAAAAAUCAGAACUACUUUAUUUUUCUUUCUUCUCAACACCUAAAAUGAUGACACAGAAUCAACAUUUCCAAUCACAUUUUAUGUACACAAGCCAAUACAAAGACUCAAAUAUAAAAAGAGGCCUCUGCAAGUCUGUUGGCGACAGUCCACAACCAA